UGUGCAUAGUCAUAUUUGCUCUUUGGGAAGAGGACAAACAGCUUGUGACAGCAGGAAUCCAAAUAGGCCUCCAGUGGUGAGGCAGGGAGAGACAGGACAGGACAGACCAGACAAACUGCUAAAAGCACCUUCUAAGCUGACUUCCAGUUCUUGGCAAAACCAUCCCUGCCAUUCGAGAGGGAAACUUAAAUCAUGAAGCUAAUUACUCUCCUGUUCCUCUGCUCCAGGCUGGUAACGGGUUUAACACAGGAAGGAGCCUCCCAGGAAAUUGACUGCAAUGAUGAGGAUGUAUUUCAGGCUGUGGAUGUGGCUCUGAAGAAGUAUAAUGCCAGGAACCAAAGUGGAAACCAGUUCAUGUUAUACCGAGUGACUGAGGGCACUAAAAUGGUUGGCGCUGAGACAUUUUAUUCCUUCAAGUAUCAAAUCAAGGAGGGCAAUUGUUCUGUCCAAAGUGGCCUCACCUGGCAGGACUGCGGCUUCAAGGAUGCUGAAGAAGCUGCCACUGGAGAAUGUACAGCAACUGUGGGGAAGAGGGGACCUAAGUUCUCCGUAGCUACCCAGACAUGCAAGAUUACUCCAGGUAAUGGGCCCAUAGUGACAGAUGAGUAUACCUGUUUGGGUUGUGUACAUCCCAUAUCGACGGAUAACCCUGAACUGCAGCCUAUUCUGAAACACGCCAUUGAGCAUUUCAACAACAAAACCAAUCAUUCCCACCUCUUUGCUCUCGAAGAAGUAAAAACAGCCCAGAGACAGGUGGUAGCAGGACUGAACUUUGAAAUCACCUACUCAAUUGUGCAAACUAACUGUUCAAAGAAGCAUUUUCUACUCUUAACUCCAGAGUGCAAAUCCCUUCCAGACGGUGAUGUCGGUGAGUGUAGACAUAAUGCCUAUGUGGAUAUCAAGCAAAGAAUCGCUGACUUCUCCCAGAACUGUGACCUUUCCCAGAAUUCAAGGCUGGCUUGGGACACAUCAGACCCUGUCUUGGGGCCGGGGCAGAUUCAAAUCAAGUACAGCAUAUGGCUCAACACAUCUUAA